AUGGCAUCAUCUGAUAAUCUAGCCGGCACCGGCAUUGAACCGUGGAUGUUUCGCCCGGCGGUGGCUGACACGUGGCUCGCCGAGUACAUAGCUCGCGACGCCGAUACCCUAACCAAGGCUCUUCACAAAACACUCUCCACCUCACCGGAAGACGCUUUCUCACCUUUCUUAAAUCUCGUUAAAACCGAUUCAGCCGGUACCGGUACCGCUACCGCUACACCAACAGUUUCAAGCCUCUCCGGCUCAGACCAGGACUCCGCCCCGAAGCGUCAGCGUUUAGCCGCCGCCGGGAAGAUCUCGAAGAGAAAGUCGCGUGCCUCGAAGAGGUCGUUAACGACGUUCAUCACGGCGGACCCUGCGAAUUUUAGGGAGAUGGUGCAGCAAGUUACCGGCGCGAGAUUCUGUGGUGGUUCGAAUUUUCCAAUGGCACCGAUUGUGAAGCCGGAGCCGCAUAGAAUGGUUACCGGAGGAGGAAGGUUUUCUAUGGAGGGUGGAAGCUAUUUGCCGACGCUUGACACGUCAGCGUUUUUACUUGAGCAUAACCGUCAACAACAACAACAACAGCACCAACCGCAUCAAACAAUGGUUGGGCCUAACUCUGAUGGGCCUGAGAAUUCUGGGCUGGGCCCAUUUUCGUUUGGCCAGCACACUGGAGGAUUAGAGGACGAUGGUGGUUUUGUUUCUGCGGGUUUAGAUUUUGAAACUUUCUCAAGCUGCUUUCCCACUCUGGAAUCGUCGUGGAAAGUUAUGUAA